AUGGCUUCGCGUAUCGGCGCUCUUUUGAUCGCUUUUGGCGUAUUCCAAGCGCUGUUAUCUCCGCAACCGAUGGCCGGUGCCGCGAAUAUCUUGGCAGUACAUACGAUCGCGGGAAAGAGCCACUGGAACAUAAUGCGGACCUUUCUGCAGGUGUUGACUGACCGCGGUCACACCGUGACCGUAUUCACACCGUUCGCGGACGGCGACAGGGACGGUUACACGGUGGUGGACGUUUCCGGUGACAUGGAAUCGAGGGUUAACUUGAACGUGUCGCGAAUUCCCAGGUCCACGAGCCCAAUGAUUGCGUACCUCGUGAACGUCUUGCGAGUCAACUGUGGAACCAUAUUCGAACACCCACGAAUGCAAGAAAUGUUGGAAGGCCGAUCGCGACCAUUCGACUUGGUGAUUGCCGAGGCCUUAUUGUUGGAUUGUGUGUCAUACGCGGCUACCGUUCUCCGCGUUCCCGUCAUAUAUGUCGUCCCUUCGCCAAUCGUCACCUACUCGGAGCGUUCGUUCUUCGGCCACGUCCCCAACCCCGCAGCCGUCUCCAACUUGUUGUCAACACGCGGCGUGCCAAAGACGUUCGGUGAACGUUUCACUAAUACACUGAGUAUGAUUUCCGAUUCGUGGCUAUCUUGGAACAACGAACGGAGGCUCCGGAACUCCGACCCGCGACCGUUCGACGCUAUAGACCUGGUCAGACCGUCGUUGACUUUCACCAACACGCACUUCAUCACCGAACCUUCUAGGCCACUGACACCGGACAUCGUACAAAUCGGCGGCAUACAUCUAACUCCACCAGGACCGAUACCAAAGGACGUUUUGGAAUUCAUUGACGACGCACCUAACGGAGUGAUUUACUUCACGUUUGGUACGGUGAUUUCGAUGGCAUCGUUACCGGAAAAUGUACUGAAAGUGUUAAAAGAGGCAAUCGCUCAGGUUCCGCAAAAGGUUUUGUGGAAAUACGAUGGUGAAAUGAAAGACAAACCAAAGAACGUGAUGACUCGUAAAUGGUUUCCGCAACGUGACAUACUUUUGCAUCCUAAUGUGAAAUUGUUUAUCAGUCAUGGAGGUAUAUCUGGAGUAUACGAAGCUGUAGACGCAGGUGUGCCUUUACUCGGAUUUCCGAUUUACUUCGAUCAACCGAGAAAUAUUGACAAUCUGGUCGACGCCGGAAUGGCGAUCUCUAUGGAUCUUUUUUCCGUAACUAAAGACACGUUUUUUAACGCCAUUUUGGAGAUUGUCAACAACGACAGGUACCAACAGAACGCUAAAAUUGCUUCCGAUCGGUUCAAAGACCGGCCCAUGUCACCAGCGCAGUCGGUAGUGUACUGGACUGAGUACGUUUUGCGUCAUAACGGAGCACCACAUUUAAAAUCUCACGCUCUGAAUCUGAAGUGGUAUCAAUAUUUUUUAGUUGAUAUAAUUAGCACAUUUUUGUUCAUUGGGUUUGUCCUUUUUUUCAUAAUUUAUUAUGGCCUAAAAAUGAUUUGUAAACACAUUUAUACAUUUUUCCACAGUGUCAAAGCAAAACGAGAAUAA